UGUGUGUGUGUGUGUGUGUGUGUAUGUGUGAGAGAUGGACGAGGCCCAGACGUUGUUCGAUGCCUUCGUGCAGGCGUCCACCUGUCGGGCGACGCUCUCUGCCUUUGAGCAGGUGUGCACGUUUCUAGGGUUACAGCCGGGGCCACGCCUCUACCACACCGUCCGGCCCCGCCUGGACUACUGGAGGGUGCGAGGUCUGUGGGCGAGACUGGACAAGAGGGCCGCGCACACACUCUACCAGAAAGGCUAUGCCUGCGCAAACACCACGUGUCUGAUCAUUGGUGCCGGGCCGUGUGGCCUGCGGACGGCCAUCGAGCUGGCAUUCCUGGGGGCGCGGGUGCUGCUGGUGGAGAAGAGGGACUCGUUCUCGCGGAACAACGUGCUGCACCUCUGGCCGUGCACCAUUCAUGACCUCCGCGGCCUGGGCGCCAAGAAGUUCUACGGCCAGUUCUGCGCCGGAUCCAUCGAUCAUAUCAGCAUCAGGCAGCUGCAGCUGAUCCUGCUCAAGGUGGCCCUGCUGCUGGGGGUGGAGGUGCAUGUCAAUGUGGAGUUCAAAGACCUGAAGGAGCCAUCAGAAGAACAACAGACUGGAUGGAGGGCUGUAUUCCAUCCCAAGAACCAUCCCGUCAGCCAGAUAGAUAUUGAUGUGGUCAUUGGAGCUGAUGGACGCAGGAACACCUUACCUGGGUUCCGCAGGAAGGAGUUCCGUGGGAAGCUGGCCAUUGCCAUCACAGCAAACUUCAUCAACCGGCGAACGAGGGCCGAGGCCCAGGCUCAGGAGAUCAGCGGAGUGGCCUUCAUAUUCAACCAGAGCUUCUUCAAGGAGCUACGCGCACACACAGGCAUUGACCUGGAGAACAUCGUCUACUACAAAGAUGACACACACUACUUCGUCAUGACAGCUAAGAAACAUAGUCUUUUGAACAAAGGAGUCAUAUUACGAGACUAUGCAAGCACUGAGCAGCUUCUCUCACGUGCAAACGUGGACCAGAAUGCACUGCUGUCGUACGCACGUGAGGCGGCCGACUUCUCCACCAAUCACCAUCUUCCUGAUCUGGACUUUGCCAUCAACCACUACGGACAGCCGGACGUGGCCAUGUUUGACUUCACCUGCAUGUACGCCUCUGAGAACGCUGCACUGGUGCGCCAGCGAGGGAAUCACAACUUACUGCUCACACUGGUGGGAGACAGUCUACUGGAGCCUUUUUGGCCAAUGGGUACAGGAAUAGCGCGUGGUUUUAUGGCUGCCAUGGAUACGGCAUGGAUGGUCAACAGCUGGGCACAGGGCAGUACUCCACUGGAGGUUCUGGCUGAGAGAGAGAGUGUGUAUCGUCUGCUGCCUCAGACCACCCCAGAGAACAUCAGUAAGAACUUCGGCCAGUACACCCUGGACCCACACACACGAUACCCCAAUGUCAACAAACGCCUCCUCUGCCCAGCACAGGUUUUUCACCUUCUGGACACUGGUGAAGGAGGGUUUUCUUUUCCAGAGAGACUCCAGACUUCCAAACCACAAAUGACCAGACAAGAGUCUGUGGCCCGAUCCAGUGCCUUGCUGACCUGGUGCCAGGAGCAGACACGAGGGUACCAUGGUGUCAAUGUGUGUGACUUCACUUCCUCCUGGAGGAAUGGCCUUGCCCUGUGUGCACUUAUACACCACAACAGGCCUGACCUCAUUGAUUUUGAAUCCCUUAACCCACGGGAAGCGGUCAACAAUGGACAGUUGGGAUUGGACACUGCCGAGAGGGAGUUUGGCAUCUCUCCAAUCAUGACGGGCACAGAGAUGAGUUUGCUGAAUGAGGCCGACUCCCUCAGCAUGGUGGUGUACCUGAGUCAGAUCCAGCAGCUCCUCAAGGAUGCAACUCCCUCUGCUGGAAUGCCUCAGAGUGGGACUCUCAUCUCCUCCAACUCCCUCCUCAGCAAACUGGGCCAGAGUUUCUCUCGCAAGCGCAAUCCUAACCCCAUGGAGAAGAAAGAGAAGGAUGAGGACGGAGGGAAGAGGAGGAAGACCAGUCUGCCGGGCCAGCCUGAAGAGGAGGAUGUGUCAAAAGAUCACCAAGACAACCAGAUCUCCGAUGUCACCGGGGUGAUGGAUGAGGACCUGUUUCUGAGCGCUGGAGGCAGCCAGAGUCGAGUCAGGUCCAUGGCCAGUCUGCUGCUGGCCAAGUUUGAGGAGAACGCCCCCUCUCCCUCCUCACUAACCAGUUCUCGCAGACAGAAGUACAUAAAGCUGUAUACUGGUGGUGUGAGCUCAUUGGCUCAACAGAUAACCAAUCAGAUUCAGAAUCAGGAGGAGCCUGAGCCAGUGUGUCAGCCUAUUUCCCCUGAGCUAAAGAAACUGGUAAGAGGCCUGUGUGGGGUGUGUGUGUGUUGUGGUGUGGUGUGGUGUGGUGUGGUGGUGGUGGUGACCACUGGCCGUGUGUGUGCGAGCGAUGUGUGUUUCUUCUGCGGUCGGCGGGUGUAUGCUCUGGAGCGUCUGAGUGCUGAGGGGAAGUUCUUCCACCGGAGCUGCUUCCAGUGCGCGCUCUGCAGCGCCACCCUCAGGCUGGCAUCCUACACCUAUGACCAGCCACAAGGAAAGUUCUACUGCAAGCAGCACUAUGAUCAGAGAUAUAUGGGAGGGCACCGGAGGAAAUCUGCUGCUACAUCAUUCUACUCCGUGUCACAGGGUGCCUCAACUAUUCCUCUCUCAGAGUCCACUCCGACAAUAGCCGCAGUCUGCGCUCUGACUCUACACACAGAACCACACACACCUCACACACCCCCCUCACCUCAAACACACAGACAGCCAAACACCCUUGCACCGCCAGUGCGCUCACACUCACAGCCAAACACACCUACCUCACCGCAUGCACCUUUCCCCUUUCACACAGACACACAAGAAACUCCUCACACACUAACACUAACACACACACACACCGCCACCCAGCCUAUAACGCAGACGAACACACAACAAACAGCCCCGCACACACACUCCAUCUCGGUGCCACAGCCCCUCACACCCCACACACACUCCCUAACCAACACGCCUGUCCCUCCCUCGGCACACACACACUCACACACAGUUACUUUGUCAACCGUAGACACACACACACAUGCAUCGGUUGUGCCUUCACACACACAUGUUUCACCAGAGUCACCUUCCUCUCCGCCAGUGACGACCCGGUCCAAACCAGGGAGUCCAGAAUACAGUCAGGGGGACAGCACCACACCUCCCUACACACACACACACACGCAGUCAGACUCACACACACUCAACGACACACUCGCCACGCGUGGGCAUCUUCGGCUAGAGCCGGGCCUGCUGUCACUCCCCCACUCGCACGGGCACACCCCGACCACGCCGGAGCGCAUCGAGCUGGAGUACUGCAUGCCACCGCCGCACACACACCUGCACAUCACGCCGGAGCGCAUCGAGCUGGAGAACUACACGCCGUCGCACUCGCACACGCUCAGCCCUGCCAGCCCCCUGCUGGAGGUGCCCGAGGAGACACUCACGCAGCACAACCUCAGCCAGAGGGAGCUGAGCGGAGAAGAGCCCAGCAGCUCAGAGUCAGACUUAGAGGAACUGGAGGACCUUCAGGCAAGAGAGGAGCGAGAAAAGGAGGGAGAGAAAGAAGAAGAAGCAAGCACUGAGGGAGGAAAACAGGAGAAAGAGGAGUGUGAAGCUGAGUCCGGGGAAGAUUACGCAGACUCCAGUGACGAGGGUGAAUACGCUCCCUGGGAUAGGGAGCGUAUGUCGGGGGUGUGGCUUGGUCCUGUUGAAGAAGAUGAGGCGGGAUUAGUGAAAGAGUCCAGUGAGGCGGAGGAUUACCCCGCACACCACGGUUCUCUUGAGACACCCGAGGGAGAGUCAGUCAUGAGUGAUGGCAGGUUCAGUCCCUCUUCAUCGUCAACAGUACUUUGCUCGGCUUAUAUGUCACAACUCACACACACUCAACCGUCCUCUCCCACACUCACACACCUCUCCACUCCUCAGGAGUCCGCACACACACCGACGCACACACCCCCUUACACACCGCCGCAGCCCCUGGAGAAGCACUCGGGCCGCCGUUCGGAGGUGAUCCAGGAGUUCUGGCUGAAGAGCACGGAGAUCAGGAAACGUCUGGGCGCGAUGCCGCGCGCACACGCCUCCGCGCUUCCACCACACGCUCACACACACGCUCACACCCACGCUCACACACACGCUCACACCCACAGCACCGACAGCUCCGCCCCGGCCGACCACUCGCACAAACCCGAGAUGGCCGCCGAGCGUGUGUGUGAGGGAAAGUGUGUGUGCGAGGAGUGUGUGUGUGCAGAGGUGGCAAGGAGGCUUAGUGUUAUAGAACAAAAUCUGCUGACGCCUCCCUGCAGUCCAGCUGCCCAUGCUAACAGCAACUCAAAUUCAAACUCCAAUUCCAAUGCUAAUUCUGACCCAAACCUUUUUGAUAGUUCUAUGCCAAAACUCGACUCAGAUUGUGACCCAAGCCUUAUACCUGACCUUGGAAUUGAUCCUAAUGUUGACCUUAACCUUGACCCUAAACCUGACCUGACGCCUUACUGCAAAGUGGGCUUCGACCCGAGCAGUCGCUCCGUCCCGCUUGUGUGUGAGGUCCUUCUCAGCUCAUCCGCACCUUCUCAGAGAGAUGACACAGACAUGCCCACAGGUGCAGAUGUUAAAACAGACACACACACGGAGGUGGCCUCAAGCACUGAAGCUGAUUCAGCGAAGCUCGCACAGACAGUGACGCACACACACUCUCCCACCGUUACUGACACACACUCGCCCACCGUUACUGACACACACUCACACUUUGUGCACCCGGACCCUCUGGAGACAGAGAAGACAUAUACCCAGACCUCCUCAGCUGGAAGGUCAAAGGUCACAGAGAAUGGGGUAGGGCACCCCCACCCUGACGCUGGAAUGCAUGCUGGGAAGACGAAGGAGCCUGAGCAGCGUAAACGCCUGGGCCUCUUCUCCCCGCGGAAAACGGCCACGCUCUCGCACACACACCCCUCCGUGGAGAGGCCCAAACACAAGUCCCUGUGGAAGACUGUGUUCUCUGGGUACCGGAGGAAGAAGAAGGAGCCGGAGCCCGCGGGAACAGUGGGCAGUGCCAACCAUGAGGCCAACAAAAAGAGGCCACAGGCGUCCAGCAGGAACACAGACCUGCAUUUCAGGAGGAACCUCAGUUUCUCUACUGACUCUUCACUGUCAUGCGGUGAUGUGCUGGAGAGAUCACUCCUCAGAGCCCAGCUAAGUCUUGAACCAUCCGACAUCCAGAAAGACACAAUAAAGGAGGAAGAGGAAGGGGAGGAUGAGCAGAUAGGACAUGAGAGACGCAGUGCUCGACCCCGGCGACACCCAGUCCCGCAGGCCCCGCCCCACUCCUCGUGCUCCACGGAGGUGGUGGGGGUGUGGAUGGUUCCGCCCGACCCGUCCAGUCUGAGUGUGUCCACGGACAUUUUUCAGGAGCUGCAGGCAGAGAGGCAGCCACUCUCACACACACAAUCAGUGGCCGAGGGCGACGCCAGACACACACGCAGGGUCCAGAAGGAGGCCCAACGGCAAGCCAAACAACAGGAGCUCAAAAGGCUGCACCGCGCCCAGACAAUUCAGCGUCAGCUGGAGCAGGUGGAGGUGAAGCAGAGGCAGCUGGAGGAAAUGGGAGUGGCUGUGGAGAAAGCACUGAGAGGGGAAGCAGACUACUGGGAGGACUCCAACUCCACUGCAGUCAUGGACAUGCAUCUGGGUGUGUCUCCUAGUUCUCCUCUCAGAAGACCCGCCCCUCCUUGCCCUUGCACCUCCUCUCAAGCGGCCAGAGGAGACCAUGAGCACUCUCUCUAUGUCUGUCUAGUCUUUUUCCUUUAUGCAGUGCAAGCGCCCGCCCUCCACCAGCUGGCUUCGGUUGGCUCUCCUCAGAGAAGACAUACUCCUUUCUGCCCUUGCUCCUCCUCCAACGCCAUGGGCGUGAGAGAUGACCCCUCUCUGAUGCAGCAGUGGUUUAAACUGGUGCAGGAGAAGAACGCUCUGGUGCGCUAUGAGUCUGAGCUGAUGAUAUUUGCACGAGAGCUGGAGUUGGAGGAUCGUCAGAGUCGUCUCCAGCAGGAACUCAGGGAACGAAUGGCAGUGGAUGACCAUUUGAAGGGAGAAGAGGAGCUUGCAGAGGAGAAGAGCAUUCUGGGAGAGAUGCUGGAGGUGGUGGAGCAGCGUGAUUGGCUGGUCUCUCUGCUGGAGGAGCAGCGCCUAAGGGAGAGAGAGGAAGACCGAGAUCUGGAGGCCACCAUCCUGUCUAAGGGCUUCAGUCUACACUGGACUUGACACACACACACACACACACAAAUACACACACACACACACACACACACACACACACACACACACACACACACACACACACACAUCAACCACCUAAAGAUACAAUUCUCACUUCUUCUGAACUGAAGAAAGAGUUGAUAUAGAAGUUAUCUCUCCUUGCACUGUCUGUGCGUUCUGUUGUGCUCCAUGAGAAGGAGACUGGAGAUGCCUUGCUGCCGAAUAGUGCUCUCUCAGUGCAUUCUGCUGUUUGCCUGUGCGUGAGGAAGACUUACAAUGCUCUGAGAAACUAUAUCUUCACCACUACAGAUUAUGCAAAUGAAAAUGGAUGUCUUACUUUGUCCAAAUUGACAUGGUGUUAAUUGAGUACCAGUUAAAAGAGUACUAAUAGUCAUCAUUUUUUUUCACAAGCUAAUGAAAUAAUCAAAUUGAGGUGUUGUAUUGACCUUUGGUGAAUUUGUUAUUGAAAGUUCUCAGCCAUAUUAUGUUUGACCAUAACCACAUGGGAGACAUCAUCCUCUAGGAAUAAGUGCUGCUUUGGCUUGUACAGUUGUCAUUAUGCCUAACUAUAUACUACAUACUGUAACUAUUAUGGCAACAAUGAGCAUUCACUCAUAGUGCAAGUAGCAUUACAUUACAUGGUGAUGAAAUGUGACUGUCGAUAUACAUUUGUCUUACAAUGUAUAUGUAAUCUUUUCUUUUAAUAAAACCUUUGCAUUGCA